UUCCAAAGAGAUAACACAACACAGUACUAUUACAAACCUCACUCUAUCCCCCAAUCUUCUUCUUCUCCCCCAAUCAAACCCUAGGAUUCUCGAUUUCUCCUCCAAUUCCGUCUUCCAUGGCGAUAUCGGCUCCAGCCGCUUGCUCUUCUUCUUCCUCUAGACUCCUCUGUUCCUACUCUUCUCCUUCUCCUUCUCUUUACCCCGCACCUGUUUCCGCCAUUUCCACCUCUGGUAAACUCAAAACCCUAACCCUCUCUUCCUCUUUCCUCCCUUCUUACUCCUUGACCACUACUACUACUCCCUCCCCUUCUCAAUCCACUCGUCGUUCCUUCACCGUCCGUGCUGCUCGUGGCAAGUUCGAGAGGAAGAAGCCUCAUGUCAACAUCGGUACCAUUGGUCACGUUGACCAUGGUAAGACUACUUUAACCGCAGCUCUCACCAUGGCUCUCGCUUCCAUGGGAAACAGCGUCGCGAAGAAGUACGACGAGAUUGACGCCGCGCCGGAGGAGAGAGCUCGUGGUAUCACAAUCAACACCGCUACGGUGGAGUACGAGACUGAGAACCGUCACUACGCUCACGUUGAUUGUCCUGGUCACGCUGAUUACGUCAAGAAUAUGAUUACCGGAGCUGCUCAGAUGGACGGAGCUAUCCUCGUUGUCUCCGGCGCUGAUGGUCCUAUGCCUCAGACUAAAGAGCAUAUCCUUUUGGCUAAGCAGGUUGGUGUUCCUGAUAUGGUUGUGUUCCUUAACAAAGAGGAUCAAGUAGAUGAUGCAGAGUUGCUAGAGCUCGUUGAGCUUGAGGUUCGUGAGCUUCUCUCGUCUUAUGAGUUUAACGGUGAUGAUAUUCCGAUUAUAUCUGGUUCUGCUCUUUUAGCUGUAGAGACACUCACUGAGAAUCCUAAUGUGAAGAGAGGUGAUAACAAAUGGGUUGAUAAGAUUUACGAACUUAUGGAUUCUGUUGAUAGUUACAUCCCAAUCCCUCAGAGACAAACUGAGUUGCCUUUCUUGUUAGCUGUUGAAGAUGUGUUCUCUAUCACCGGACGUGGUACUGUAGCUACAGGGCGUGUUGAGAGAGGUACGGUUAAGGUAGGAGAGACUGUAGAUUUAGUGGGUUUGAGGGAAACUAGGAACUACACUGUCACUGGGGUUGAGAUGUUUCAGAAGAUUCUUGAUGAGGCUUUAGCUGGUGACAAUGUAGGGUUGUUGCUUAGGGGUAUUCAAAAGGCUGAUAUUCAGAGAGGUAUGGUUUUAGCUAAGCCUGGAUCCAUUACUCCACAUACCAAGUUUGAAGCUAUUGUGUAUGUGUUGAAGAAAGAAGAAGGUGGAAGGCAUUCUCCAUUCUUUGCAGGUUACAGGCCUCAGUUCUACAUGAGGACGACUGAUGUUACGGGUAAAGUGACAAAGAUUAUGAACGACAAAGACGAGGAGUCGAAGAUGGUUAUGCCCGGUGAUCGAGUCAAGAUUGUUGUUGAGCUUAUUGUGCCGGUUGCUUGUGAACAAGGUAUGAGGUUUGCUAUCAGAGAAGGAGGUAAGACUGUUGGUGCGGGAGUUAUUCAGGCUAUCAUCGAAUGAUUUAUGAAAUGGGGGUUUUGGAGAGCUUCACAUAGUGAGCAUCUACUUGCUUUCUUUUUGUUUCCCUCUUGAUUCUCGAACUCGUUUUUUAAUUUUCUUUUUGUGCCAUUUUCUUCUUUAAGAACUCGAAAUCAAAAUGUCAUAUAUUUCUUGAUUUCUUUGACCCUCUAUAUAAUUCUUGCAUUUGAUUUGGGUCC